GUCUUUUUAAAGGCUAUAGCACAGAAAGUAGAUGCACUGCUGUAUAUUUAUCACAAUUACUAAAAGCCCAGGCCUGUGUUGUAUUGAUUUAUCGACAAUGUUUGAAUGUCAGUAAUUGUUAAGACCGUGUUAGAGACGCCAUUGCUACAUUAGAUUUAAACUAUUUGCAAAAACAAGCAAACAAACAAAAUAUCUUUUUUUUCCAGGUUUUGCGAUAAUCAUGAAUGAAACUAAGUGAAUAUGAUACAUCAAACAAAUAUAAGCUUUUAUAGGCUGGUGAGUGAUAUUUGAUGUUGGCUAUAUUUAUUUCACAAAUAUAAUAUCAUCUUAUAUUAAUACUGGAUUAGGCUUUGAGGGUAUGAGUGAAUGGUGAAAAUAAUACUUGGAGCUACUUUUUGAGUUCAGAGGAAGACACAAAUAUCAUUCAUGUGAAGAUGACUGUUUCUGUAGCUGUUACUAAAUAUUAUAUGUUUAUGUAUUAGAUUUGAUCUGACAUUGUUUGUUGGGAUCAUAACGUGUUACUUUAUUCAGUGAGUUUAUGGCUUGUGACAUACAGAUUUGAGAGAGUACUGCAACAAUAAUGAAAACUGGAAAAAGUCUAUGGAAAUACAGGCUAAGAUGGAGCAUGCAUGAUUAUAUACUAAUCCAGGCUCAGUCAAGUUUUAUAAUUUUUUUGUGAGUCAAAAUGAUCUUAGAUUCGAGACAAUAAGGGACAGUAAUUCCAGGAUUAUUGAAUUUCCAUUCUUCGAUAAAUGAAUAAAAGACUUGGGUGCUUUUAUAGUUCUACAAACCUACAGCAAAGGCAGCUCCUGGCCCGACAGACAAUGAGAAUAUCUCGUUCCCACGAUCCCAAAAAGCACUCACCUUGCACAGGUGAGCUACGGGAAUUAUACUGGAAGUUAUAUGACUGACAGCUGGAAACCAAACAUUCGUGUCUGAAUCGGCUUGCUCCUCCCUUAUGGGUCCAUCGGCGGCCAAUAGCGUGGCUCUCCUGCAGAUAGACCCCAGUGUGUCUCCCUCCAGCUCCAGUCCCCGCAGAGUAAAAGUCACGUUGGAAGGAAAAGGGGAGAGAGAUAUCUACUUACAGCUGCUGUCAGAUAUCCGAUCGCAUUCGCAUGGCGAGGAGGUAACCUGAUCGAGCUGGGAGGAGUGACUUUACCAGGGAAGGCUUGAACAAAAAAAAUGUCUUCUUCUUCUGCCGGAGAAGUCACAACAGCAAAUGACAUCAAGAGGGAAAAUGUGAAGGAGGUGGAUAAGCGGGAGUGCAUCAAGUUUGUGGCGCUGGACGCGGCGGAGUUGUCCAUGGAGCGCACGACUCCCAACACGGACGCGGUGCGCACGGAGCUGUUGGUGAGCGCCGCUUCCUCUCUGGCUUUCUCCCCGGAGCAAGUGGCGUGUGUCUGCGAGGCUUUGCAGCAGGGAGGCAAUGUGGACCGGCUGGCCAGGUUCCUGUGGUCCCUGCCACAGAGCGACCUGCUACGCGGCAACGAAAGCAUCCUGAAAGCCCAAGCGCUCGUCGCUUUCCACCAGGCUCGGUAUCAGGAGCUGUACAGUAUUCUGGAGAACCACAGUUUCAGUCCCUCCAACCACACCUUUCUGCAAGAUCUGUGGUACAAGGCCCGGUACACCGAGGCGGAGAAGGCGCGGGGGAGACCCCUGGGCGCCGUGGACAAGUACCGGAUCCGGAGAAAGUACCCUCUCCCCAGGACUAUCUGGGACGGCGAGGAGACUGUGUAUUGUUUCAAGGAGAGGUCUCGAAACGCGCUUAAGGAUCUGUAUAAUCAGAAUAGGUACCCGUCUCCCGCCGAGAAGAGAAAUCUCGCCAAGAUUACAGGACUCUCCUUGACCCAGGUCAGCAACUGGUUCAAAAACAGGAGACAGAGAGACAGAAACCCGUCCGAGGCACAAUCAAAAAGUGAAUCUGAUGGAAACCACAGCACAGAGGAUGAGUCUAGUAAAGGCCAGGAGGAGCUGUCACCCCGGCCCCUCUCUAACUCCUCAGAUGGGGUGAUCACCCAUGGGAUUCAAACGGGGCCUCUGGACAGUGGGGUGGUCAUCCAGCAGAUUGGGGACAUCAAGAUGCCCCCUGGAUCCAGCAGUGGCGGCCUCUACAACGGAAGCCUAGUGACCAGUAACACCUCUCCCACCGUUUUUCACAACGGUGGCUCGUCUUACCUCCACACGCCUGGAAACAUCCUCUUCAACGGGCUCAAUCUGGGCAUCCAGCCCUUGGCCUUCAACCCCCUGAGGCCGUCUGGUGGGGUGUUGCUGGGGAGCUCCGGAGUGGACAUGCAGAUGCAGACGGGGCAGGAGAAAGGACUGGGCGGCUCUGCCGAGGACUCGAGCCUGCAGUACGCCCCCUACUCCGGCUGCGUGAACGGAGCCGAGGUGAAGCUGGAGGGGGUCCACACCAUGGCUGCCCAGAACGGGGGCUCGUCCGUGCUGACGUUCAGCUCCUCGUCAGGUGCGCUGCAGCUGGGCGGCUACAGUCUGGUCCAGGUACCGAGUGGAGUCUCUGACAGUGAUGGCAGCUCAUUACUCAACAGCGACGUAGGUCUUCCUCCCCUGCAGCUCUCCUCUGUCUCCUCUGCCUCAACAAUCCCACAACAAGGUACGAUGCCUCUGAACAAUGUAGCAGUGAGUUCCUCCAGCGACGACUCGUUCCAGCAGCAGGACAAGCUGACCAUGACGUCUCUGCACCACAGCACAGUCCUCUACAGCAUGAGCAACGCCGGCCAGCCGUCCAUCAAGAAGGAGCCUCUGGAGGGAGGUGUCUACUCUUCGUACCACCACGGGCUUCACCUGGACCCCAACGGUCAGAUCAGCUACACCACCCCCAGUUCAGAAGAGGCUCCCUCUAGCCAAGGCCCCGCCUCGACCGGCGAGGUCCCCACCGUUACCUCGUCCAGCCCCGAGCCGGAGGUCUACACCACCCUCACCGUCAGCACGCCCCUGAUGGCCCAAACUGACCCAAGCGGCCACCACCUCCAGCCCACAGAGUACCUCCGGGCCCACGAGGUCAGGGGGCCUCCGCCCUCACACCUGAUGGGCCCCGGCAUGAACAGCGACUAUAUGAACCUUUCAGAGAACAAAGUGGACGGGCCGGGCUCAGGAGGCGUGAAUGAGAUGGUGCGGGCGAUGUGUGGGGAGAUGGAGGCUGUGGAGGGGAAGGAGCUGGCCAAACUACAGACAGUGCAGAUGGAUGAGGACAUGGCUGACCUUUAACCUCAAACUAGUCUCCUUGCAGAAGCACUCGUGUCCUCCCAAGCAGCGAUAUGGUGAAUCUUUUUACCUUUGUGUGAGCGUGUGUGUGGAUUUUUUUUUUUUUUUUUUACCAUUCAUUUCCUUUAAAUGUUAAAUUAUUUGCAUUCAUUUGACUUUUACAAUGCACUCUAAUCAGAAGGGAGCCCUGUGGGUGGGCAUUAUCAGUUUAUCAUAAAAAUAAAAAAAAGUCUAUAACAUGUUUUAAAAGCCCCCGUUCGUGAGAUGAAACAUUACAACUGCAAACCGAAGAAGUCGCAGUAUGUGUUAGAGCCAUGUUUAAAUGCAUUUUUAUAGACAACACCUGCUACUUCCUGUUGAGUGGAUUUGAUCUGCAGAAGCAGGUGCUGGAAUGCCUCAAGUCAUGUGACCAGGAUGUUCCUCCAAAACUAAAUGCGUCAUCUGGCUCAAACCAAAAAGGUCAUUCAGUAGGGGGGGAAGAGGGAGAGAGAGUCUCUGUGAAGACGAUCAGUUAAACAGCAAGAGCUUUACUGAAGGACUGCACACACACAUACAGAGAAUAAUGGGUUAUUAGACACAGAAAGCUGCUGAUUUAGGGAAAAGUGUCCUUCAGUAAGCACCUUAAAUUCUCUGAUUGCCUCUCAAGUCACUGCAAAAACCUCUGAUGUUGUGUUUUAUAUCACACCAAAUGAACUAGGGAGUGUUGAAUACGGGACUAGAGUUAAGAUGAAUGUGCCUUUCUGCUACGUAAAAUACACAAUGGCAUUGGUCUGUUUUGGCAUUUGCACUACCACAAUGACAUUACUAUGUACACGUCCGGCCUUCAUGUUUGCAUUGGAGGGUUUGUCGAGUGCGACAACAACAAAUGCACACUAUUUUAGCAAUGACUCCUAUUUCGAGCCUCAUCGUCAACCUGUGAGACCAAGAUAUGACUGAUGACCGCAGAGGUCACGCUGUCGGUUCACAUGUUGUCCAUCAUAUGUUGUUUAUAAUGCUGCAUACUCUAGAUGUGAUGAUGCUAUACUAUAUCGUGUUUCAUUUUGAUGUGUCUCUCCAAAUGUCAGUAAUCAUGAAUGAUAUUUUUCUAUAAAGCCAGAUACAAACAUCUACAGUGUGUAUGCUUUUGAAAUGUAUAAGGAACAAAGGGACAGAAGUUAGAAGUGAAUAAGAGGACAAAUCUGUUUUUGGUUUUUUAAUAGUCCCACCUUAAACUGGAGAGGGAUUGUAAUAAUUUCUCUUUGCAUGGCGUCAUAAUGUUUUGGACAAUAGUGCCUUUUUACUUUUGUUUUGUGAAUAAUACCGAAAGUAAGCUCAGUCAUAGCUCUUGUGUUGGUGUGCAGGCAGCGACAAUGUAGCUUCAGAGAUUUACCACCACCGCCGCCCCUGCCUCCUCCUCCGCCGCUACAAUCACUGGCACACUUGUUGGUUGUCAGAUGAGAGAAAGAAAGGAGAAUGUAGAGCCCAUUUGUCAAGUGUGUCCGGUGCUUUUCACAACAGGAGCCUAAUUCCUCGCUGUCAUACAUGACCGUAAUAGCACAUUUCAGCCUCACAGCCAAGUCAUACCAUGCACAUCUAUCAGUGCGUCACAUGUCUUCAUACUAGAGGAUGAGCAACACCUUCACCUGUCAGGAUUUACAACGUGAUCCCAUCAAUUUGAAUGGACAUUUCAGUGACAGUUUCCUCAGUGCUUUAAUGUAAUAUACCAAAAAUGAGUCGUGGGCAAAUAGUAAACUGAUGGUCAUUUGUUUUGUUUUUGUUUUUUUUAUCUUAGUUUGAAUGAUAUGUUUGUUAUCUGAAAUUAUGUGAAUGUAUUUUUCUAAAUCUCCAUACUGCAAUAAAAGUUUAUAUUUAUAAAAACAUAAAA